UCCCCUGUCCCAUGCCUGGAAUUCCUCCCCCCUCCCUUUCCAUCCUGCAUCUCGCCCUCCAAAGGAGCCACGUUCAGAUUUGGAGGUACCUGGGACUGGACGGCCACUUCAAAUCCAUUCCCCCCCCCCCAAACUGCUCUGAACUGAAGUCAAGGUAUCUUUGUGCAUCAUGGGGGUAAGCCGAGGAUGUUUGCUUUGUGUUAAAGUGAAAAUGUUUGUGUUCAAUCUCAUCUUCUGGCUGGGUGGCUGUGGGGUGCUUGGCGUGGGCAUAUGGCUGGCCGCCACCCAGGGCCACUUUGCUACCUUAUCCUUCUCCUUCCCAUCGCUGUUAGCAGCCGGAUUCUUCAUGGCAACAGGUGCCAUCAUCAUGGUAGUGGGGUUUCUUGGAUGCUUGGGGGCAGCCACAGAACAUCGAUGUCUCUUAAUGACGUUCUUCCUGGUCCUUUCUACCCUCUUUCUCCUGGAACUGGUUGGGUUGCUAGUUUUUUUCACUUGCCGGGAUAAGUUUGAUCAAUAUGCUCAGUCUAACCUCAAGGAAGGACUCAAACUCUACGGCACAGAAGACAAUGUGGGAUUAACCAAAGCCUGGAACGUUGCACAAAAUGAGUUUCGUUGUUGUGGGGUACGGAACUACACCGAUUGGUUUGAGGUGUGGAAUGACACAUGGGUUCCCGAGUCCUGCUGCUUACAGCGAAGCGAUGGUUGUCAAAGGGACAGUGCCAGCUGGUGGAAAGAGCCUUGCUAUGAGAAGGUGAAACGUUGGCUAGCGGAGAACAUCUUUGCAAUGGGCAUUUUUGCUGCCUGUAUCAUUGUUGUCCAGGUUUUGGGUAUCGUGUUCUCCAUGCUGAUGUACUGCCAGGUUCGGAGGGUACAGAAAUACUAUGACUGACUUCAUCCAAGUCCAUUCCAUGUCCUUUCAAACUUGGGGACAUGAGAUGCAGAAGGAUCAAGAGCAUUUUUUGCUCCUCUGGAGUUUUUUUGCAUUGGUCCCUUCCCGCAUCUUCUUUCAGUUUCUCUUCUUCAGGUGAAAGCCAGUUCUGUUGCUUGGUAGGUUCAUACCAUGUGUGCAAGAGGGGUUCUCUCUUCCCAUAAUAACCAGUUCUCCUGAGGAACUUCAUCUCUGUUUCUAUUGUCCAUAAGUUUAACUCCUAAGCAAAACUCUUCUCCCUAUAUUUUAUGAUGUGGUCCCUCCAACCUCCUGCUUUGUGUACAACAAGAAUAAAACAAGCACCAAUAGAACAAUAUUUAUCUUUUAGAUAGUGCAUUUGGUACCUGUUGUCUAUUUAUAGUUUGUGAUAUUAUUUAACUGCACCUAUAACUGUAUUUUAAAAAGGCUGGGAUGUUGACUAAAAACUUGAGAUUGGCUGAGUAAAAGCUUCUUAGAAUUA